AUGUCAGCGCAUCCUCGUCGCCCGCCAAUAACAACCGUCCUGAGCCUCCGUCGACCGCCGUAUCCCAGCACGUCUCCCAACCCUGGGCAACUCAAAAUACGAUCUCAGAUUCUUCGUUCCAAGGACCCAAGAUCCAAUUCGCCAAUCUGCACGUUUAGUGUCGCUGCUCGCAGAGUCGGGUGUCAGCACCUUUUUCCAACCCUCUCCAAGUUCAAAUCAACACCGGCAGUUCCUCUUACGAUGGAUGUGACGGGCGUUGUGCAGGUGGCAUUCGAGUCUCCUGCCGCCAACUCUGGAACCGACGCCGUCCGUCUCCCAUGUGAUGCCGGCAGCCAGCAGCCCGCAUCAGCAGCAGCCAAAUUCUCCCUCCUUCGCCUCAAACUUCCCCUUCCCUACACCCCUUGCACCUGUGGGGUCUGGGGUUCUGGGGUUCUGGGGUUCUGGCGGACGGGGAGAGGUCGAAGCGGGAAACGCGCUGCUGUGGAUGAAUCGCAAGAUGAGGAGACGAGGCGGGCUCUGUGGAAAACCAUGAAUGCUGGAAGUGCGAGAAUACGCACCACAAUGAGCUUCUGGGAUGAACACGACCCAAUGGCUUCGAAAUUCAAGGAGAGGGAGAAGAGCCGAAAGGGCCCUCGCCAAAAACCCAAGACAAGGAAAUCUGCUCAGGCUGGUUUCUCGUGGAGUGUCAUCACCGUCACUGCUACAGAGACACCACCACCCUUUUCGCCCUGGAAAUCUUCCACCGACACCAGCCUCGCAGAUGUCGUUUUGCUUGAUUGCGUCUCUCCUGGCUGUCUCGCUAAUACUUGUGGGCCUUCCAUGACGGAUUCUUUACUCCGCGGGGUUCCUGGUCGACCAGUUCCGCGAUGGUCAUGGUCAUAUAAGAAGAGGAGGAGGAAGUAG